UUCACACUCGUUCGUAGUCUGAGGCAAGCAGAAAGUGAAGAAAUGGAUAUUAGCGAAGAAGUUAGGGCAGCUCACAAGCGAGAAUUCGCCGAUUUCCUGGACCAGGAUGUUGGGAAAGGGAUAUACAUGGACGAAAUCAAAGCAAUGAUCAACCACAAGCGCCGUCGCCUCAUAGUCAAUAUCUCUGAUCUUCAUAGCUUCCGCGAUUUGGGUAAUAGGAUUCUCAGGAACCCUAGUGAGUACAUACAAUCAUUCUGUGAUGCUGUGACAGAUGCUGCUCGUGCUAUUGACCCCAAGUAUUUGAAGGAAGGAGAACAAGUGCUUGUAGGAUUUGAAGGCCCCUUCGUUUCCCGUGGUGUCACCCCGAGGGAGCUCCUAUCUGAAUUCAUAGGUUCUAUGGUCUGCGUUGAGGGCAUUGUCACAAAAUGUUCCCUUGUAAGGCCGAAGGUUGUUAAAAGUGUUCACUUCUGCCCCACGACAAAAAAAUUCACCACUCGUGAAUAUCGUGAUAUUACUUCCAAUAUGGGUCUUCCCACAGGGUCUGUUUAUCCCACAAGGGAUGAAAACGGCAACUUACUGGUGACCGAGUAUGGAUUGUGCAAAUAUAAAGAUCAUCAAACCUUAUCCAUGCAAGAAGUUCCUGAGAAUUCUGCACCUGGUCAACUUCCAAGAACAGUAGAUGUGAUAGUAGAGGAUGACCUUGUUGACUGUUGUAAACCUGGGGAUCGUGUGGCUAUUGUGGGGGUAUAUAAGGCCCUAGCAGGGAAAAGUAAAGGCGGCGUGAAUGGAGUGUUCAGGACUGUACUUAUAGCCAACAAUGUCUCUCUUCUUAACAAAGAGGCUAACGCACCAAUCUACAGUGCUGAAGAUCUGAAAAACAUAAAGAAGAUUGCCGAAAGAGACGAUGCCUUUGACCUACUUGGUAAUUCACUUGCACCUUCUAUUUAUGGGCAUUCCUGGAUAAAGAAAGCGGUGAUUUUAUUGAUGCUUGGUGGAGUCGAAAAGAACUUAAAGAAUGGUACCCAUUUGCGAGGUGACAUUAACAUGAUGAUGGUUGGCGAUCCGUCUGUUGCCAAGUCUCAACUCUUAAGAGCAAUUAUGAAUAUUGCUCCCUUGGCUAUAUCUACUACAGGUCGGGGUUCUUCUGGCGUUGGUUUAACAGCAGCAGUUACUUCUGAUCAAGAAACAGGGGAAAGAAGGCUUGAAGCUGGAGCGAUGGUUCUUGCUGAUCGAGGUGUUGUCUGCAUUGACGAGUUUGACAAAAUGAAUGAUCAAGAUCGGGUUGCUAUACAUGAAGUUAUGGAACAGCAAACUGUAACUAUAGCCAAAGCAGGUAUCCAUGCAUCUCUCAAUGCUCGAUGCAGUGUGGUUGCUGCUGCAAAUCCCAUAUAUGGAACUUAUGACCGAUCACUGACCCCAACAAAAAAUAUUGGACUCCCAGACUCCUUGCUUUCCCGAUUUGAUCUUCUGUUUAUUGUCUUGGAUCAAAUGGAUCCUGAUAUUGAUCGUCAUAUAUCGGAGCAUGUCUUGCGUAUGCAUCGAUACCGUUCUGCCAUUGAUGGAGGUGAGGUAGCAUUUGAUGGUGCCUCGAGAUAUGGAAGAGAAGAUGAGGCUGACACUGACUCAGCUGUCUUUGUCAAAUAUAACCGGAUGCUACACGGAAAGAAAAUAGAAAAAGGUCGCAAGCGCGAUGUGCUCACAAUCAAGUUUCUUAAGAAGUAUAUUCAUUAUGCUAAGCAUAGGAUUCAACCUGAACUUACUGAUGAGGCAUCUGAACACAUUGCCACAGCAUAUGCUGAACUCAGAAAUGCUGGUUCAAGUGCUAUGACUGGAGGAACCCUUCCUAUCACUGCUAGAACUUUGGAAACCAUAAUACGUCUCUCAACGGCUCAUGCUAAAUUGAAGUUGAGCAGACAGGUUUUAAAGUCUGAUGUUGAAGCCUCUCUGAAAGUUCUUAAUUUUGCAAUAUAUCACAAAGAACUAACAGAAAUGGAGGAGCGUGAUCAAGAGAGAGAAAUGGAGAGGAAACGCAGGGCUGAGGAGCAUCCUGGUGAAAAUGAUGAACCUAGUCGAGGUCCUAAAAAUAGAAGAGUCUCGACAGCUGAAGCCAUGGAAGUUGACGAGACUUCGGCAGCCCAAUCUGCUACCGGUCUCACACCUGAAAGAAUCGGAGCAUUCAAUUCUUUAUUUGGUCAGCAUAUGCGUGCCAAUCGCUUGGAUCUCAUAUCCAUUUCAGAUGUAGAGAAUGUUGUCAACCAAGGUGCAGAAUCCAGUUACAGCAGAGAAGAUAUAUUAUUCCUAUUAGAGAAGUUGCAAGAUGACAAUAGAGUAAUGAUAGCUGAUGGAGUGGUGCAUAUGAUAUCAUAGGGGCAUAGAUAGGGCAUUAGAAGUUGAAGGAAGCAGAUUCUCACUCCAUCCAGAGUUUAUGCAUCUACUUGCUGAGAGAUACUGGGAAUUAACAGAAUUCUCCUGUCAAAGGAGCUAUAACGUCUCCCCUUCAAGUUUUAUUAUUGUUUAUACUGUAACGCCAACCAUAUCAUGUAGUUCAGCUAUAGCAGAUCUUGUAAUCAGCAUUUUCGGACUCUUGAAUAUUGAGAAAUUUGUUCAUUUGAUAGAAUGAACUUAUGUUAGCUCAUCCAAUGUUGUCUUCUGAAGUCUCAAGAAUGCAUUGUAACUGUGCUCUUCGUUAAAUGGACCGCCAAUACAUUCA